GGGAUGACGGGCGGCGGCGCAUGCGCGGCGGGGCGGGUCCGGACGGCCGCUGUGAGGGGACGGGGUGUCCAGCCUGCCCGUGUGUUUGUCUGCAUGUCCGUCUGUCGCCAUGAAGCCGGGAGAGGAGGAGGAAGAGGAGGAGGAGGAGGAAGAGCAGGUUCCUCCUAUUGCAACAACUCCACCGCCCCGUGGCUGGAAGGAGGAUUCCCUGAGCCGCAGCAGCAGCGACACGCAGUCGUCGGUGACCAGCGGGAUCUCCCUGGGAGAAGCAAUACGUCAGAAAACUGCCCUCAAUUCGGGAAUCGAGCCAUGGUAUCAGCUUCCAGCAGAAGUGGACGCCAGCUGUUCAGCUGCUGCCUCGGAGACCGGGCUUGGCCUGACUUGUGACAGAAGCGACCUGACGGAGUUCCCCACGCUGGAGGAAGGAGCGUUGCCUUCAGCAGAAGCAUCGAGAAGGUGGUUUCCUGGAGAUCCAGCACAUAGUUUACUGCUGAAUAUCCAGGACAGUCAAUUCUCUCCCUGUUUCCCACUCUUGAUGUAUCCAACGCAAGGCCCAAGAUUUUCAGAUGAGACGCUUCUCCAGCGAUCGGAGAUGGAUUUUGUUCCCUUAAGAGGAUUCCCGGAUGUCUCCGGGGUGUCUGAGGAGCAUCACGAGCCUUCGCGUGUCCAUGAAGCUGCGUCGCCGCCGGACGCGGAAACUCCUGCGGAUGCUCCCGGUGACGACUUCGCUUUGUCCCUUCCCCUCACCUUCAGACACCUGGAACCUCGCGAUGCCGCUUGUAGCGGCUCUUUGUCUCAAAUCUCUUUCUCUGGGCAACUGGAGGCAAACGGAGGCGGGAAAAAUGGUGCUAAUGAGAAGGUGUUGGUUCCCCAAAUGAGUGACAAUUUAGCAAAGUCUGCUUCGAACGUGAUGCUCACCAAGGCAAAUAGACUGAACCAAACAGAAGCUUCUCUUGCAAAACAGCCCUGUACUACGGCUGGAAAAGAGGAAUAUUUCUCCCCUGACAGCAACGCACCUGGGUUUGAGCUUUUGGAGAAAGAAGAAGGGUUCCUGAGGUGCGAUGAGUUCUCAUCUGCAGAAAACUCUUGUAUAACAGCACUGGCUGAGAAUUCAGGAAAAAGUGACAGAGAGACGCAAAAGGAGAAGGGGAAAAUAGCUGAGGGUGAGUCAGAAGGGCACACAAAGCAGCUAGAGAAGCUGGAAAAAGAAAAGGCUCCUGAGCUUGAUAAUUCUAAUGGUUUAUCGGAUGAUUUGAGGAAAGACAAUUGUAAAAAUUCAUAUGCUCAGGGUGUUUUUUCUGCAAAGGUUUCUGAAAUAGCCAAAGUGUCGCAGGAACAUGGUGUGGAUUUCCACGGCUCUGAAAGCCUGAAGCUCACGGCUGUUGCUGAGGAGCUCCAGGGAGCUUUCCUAGAUCCCCAGGGCAAAGAACUGUCUCCUGCGGUGAGAUUUGAGAUGGAGGAGGUUGUUCCUACUGUGACCAGCAUCAGCGAUUGUGCACCUAAAAAACUGGCUGUGACCGAUGUGGAAAUCCCUUCCCCAAGUGGUGGGGAUGCCCCAGUGGAGGUAGAACCUGCAGUAAGCGAAUUAACUAUUUCGGAUUUUUCCAUAGAAAGGGGACAUAAAGUUACAGGCAUUUCCCCUUCCUUUAAUCUUGUUGGUGAUGGUUCGUUCUCUGUACACUUUGCUCACCCAAGCUAUCAGUCGACUCCAGGGAUACUUCUAAAGAAGAACAUUAAAGCGGAAGAACUUGGUGUCCUUCUGAUGAAAUCAGCUAUUCAGGCCUCUCCUUCAUGCUUAAAUGAAGAAACUUCAGGGAACACAUCUCCACCUGUAACUGUUGAGAAGCAACAUUUGCUCCAAUGCGCUACGAAAGAAAACAAGGAACAUUUUGAGUCCUUAAAAUUGAAAUAUCCCCACUCUGGAAGAAUUCAGUCUCUCCCCUCGCUCAGUUUCAUGGACAAGGUGGGGACUUGGAACGUGAGCCAACCAGAGGAAACAUCUGAGGCGUUGACUUCACGUGACCCAGGUGGAGUUUCUCCUGGAAAGAAAGCCUACAGUGACAUUGCCAGCUCUUCAAACCGUAUUUUGUCAACCCAAAAUAGCUGUAGAGACCCCAGAGAUGGCCUUGCUGCAUCCUCUAGAGAGGCAGCUUCCCUGGGAAGUUUGUAUUUUCAUAAUAAAGACUUGCUGCUUGUCCGCCCUCUUACUAGAUCUCAGUCUGACAACAUGGUAAAUGUUUCCAGCGGGAACACGUCCUUGGUUGAAUUUGUUGCACCAGCAAAUUCAACAGAGGCAGUGCAGCCUCUGGAAGAAAAAAGUAAUGCUUUAGGGGUGUCUGAACAUACCUUCAUGACACGAAAGUUUAUGGCUGAGAUUGUUUCUGGAUCUAGCGGUGAAGAUGCAGAAAGUGAUAGUACAGGGCAAAGUUCAGACCCAAAAGUCGUUGUCUCCAGGGAAGUUGCUCAGCUGCUUAGAGAGGAUGGAAACUCUCCAACUUUUCACCAGGAGACUUGUGCUGCUCUUGAAAAUCGGUCUCCCAAUCUGGAUAUUCCUGCUGGCCACGUCAGUGUGGACAAUUUUGGUGAUAUUUCCCCAGAUAGUUUGAAUCUUCCGCUUAGUUCAGGGGAUGGUGGCCAAGGGAACUUGGGCUCCACAAGGUGCUCGUUGGUGGUUUCCAGACACUUCAUCACCAGCGCGAAAGACGAGAACUUCAUCCCCAUUGGAGCAACUGCUUUGGAAACUCCGGAGAAAGAGGAGCUUAAUAUUGAAGAAAGGAUCCCAAUAUACCUUCGCAACCUUGGCAUUGAUCAGUCACCUGGGACGAUACUGACGCCGUUUGUGCCCCGAGGACCCAUCAGAGAAGUUGAAUUUUCUCCUUCAGAGCUUAGAACGCUGAAGGAAUCCACCGACACGCUGACAAGGACCGUUCGGCAGCCACCAGGUGAAUUGCCAUCAGCAGUUGAAAUUACGCAAACAAGUUUUAACUCCAGCACUUCCACUCUCAGUACGUCUAUACCAAUGAAUUCAGAAGUCGGCUCUGAUAUUCUGUCACCCCGCGAACUCUCUCCCUGCUUCCCAAGAUCUUUUGGAGACAAACCGGUGAGUCAAGGCGUUAUGUCGCUCCACGAACUGGAAAUCCCUGCUCUGCUUUCCAUACAACCAGAGACAGAGUGUUCAGCUGCCUCCGAACUGCAAGAACCAGCCCAGCAUCCGCGGAGUGUUUCACCUGCCUGCCAUUCGGCCGGGGACAGCCCCAUGCUUCUUGCAAAAAGCCUUCAGGAUCCGCUAGCUAAAAAUGAGUCCAAAGAUGUGGAUAUCGGCCUACAGAGAUGGGCUGCCGGCUCUUUGGCUGGAGUUAAAAAUGAACUGGAAGUUGACAGAGGAUCACGGACUUCAAGUGUAGGUAGUAAGAGAAAUAAGGGUCAAGAAAGUGAUUCUUUGCUUGGGUCUGGUGCGUUGCAAGAAAUACGGAAGCUUUUUGCAGAGGCGGAGGAAAUAGCUGGCAGGUGGCGUGAUCCCGGCUUUUCCACUGUCUCUUGUAGAGAAACUGGGGAGUCUUCCCCAGUGCUGGUUAAAAAGGAGAACGGUCCCGAAGAUUCCAGGUUAGGGAAGGACAACGUCCCUCAGGGUCAGAAGAUACUGUCACGGGAUGAGAUUGUGACCCGAAGAAGUUUGCAAGAAGAGAGGACAGCAGUGAAACCUCUGAUUUAUAACACAGGGAAUUCAAGGUGGGAAAAUUCCUUUGACGUCAGUUUGCGCAAUAGUGAAGAGAUGAUGAAAGAAAUGACCAAAGAGUUUAGGACAGGAAAAUCUGUAGGAAGAUCUGAGCCAGAAGGCUGCAGUAGUGCAACUUCAGACAGAAAUCAGCCUGGUUUUGUGGGCCUCACACAAAGCAGCGGAAGUAGUGAAGUCAGCGCUGGGAGAACUUCAGAACUGGGGAAUCCUUCCUCCUCAGAACCUGCGAGCAGUGUCACCGAUGUCACAGGACGCAUCCAGAGCGUGUUGUCUAAAACCAGCGCAGCUGGAAGCAAAGCAGGAGGUAUUGGAGGGAGCGAUGACAGCAGCAGUGGAGAUUCUCUAGCUGCCCACGUCAAAAAGCUUCUAGAGAAUCCUCCUUCCUCAGAGCCUCUGGGCAGUGUCACCAAUGUCACGGGAGGCUUCCAGAGCACGUUAUCUAAAGCCAGUGUGGCUGGAAGCAAAGCAGGAGACACGAGACAGAGCGAUGACAGCAGCAGUGGUGAUUCUCUAGCUGCUCGGGUCAAAAACCUGAGGAAUGGCUUGUCUGCGGUACACGCAACACAACUGCAGAAGAGUGUGGAUGAAGAGGAGAGGAAAGCGCGAGCGUGGAUGAAGCUCAGCCUGACCAGCCGGUCCCAGGAAUCUCUGUCGGGCUUCGAUGAAGAGGAUCAGCGAAGAACAGAGGAAAUAAAGGCAGAGCUGCUUCUGAGUGCCAGGAAAUCCGCCCCAGCCAAGGAUCCAUGGGUGUGUGGUUUGGAAGCUGCUUCUGAGUGUAACCGUGAUCAGGAACAGAACACAGAGCAUUUCAAAGCUCCAAGGGACAAAAGGUUUCAAACUGACAGACAAACACAAGCAGUCAAGACUAAGGAACUUUUAGAGUCCAGCUUAAGACACGUCCUGCCGUUCUAUAGAGCUGAUCCUCCUGCUUGUUGCCUGCUGAAGGACACGCAGCUUACGUCUCUGAGUACCAUUCAAACACCUCAUUGCAACCAGCAACAGACAGUUGAAACUGGUCAUUCUGAUGCUGUUGAACUUCAUCCACCAGUGCAGGAGGAAUGGGACACACGUGCAAUCAGGUCUGUAGCUGCUUCCGAUCCACAAACAGACACUGAUUUACCAGCUCAGAAGCAGCUGUGGAUGGAGAAGUGUUCUGAAGAUCCGGCUCAGCAAAUUACAUCCAUCACCUUUUCGUCCCGAAAACGUUUGCAGUCACCGUUGGCUUCCCUGGCACGCAGCAGCCGUCUGACCAGAGAUGGUCUGGAUGGGAUGAUGCCUUUGGAGGUUGACUCCACCAGUUCUGAGGAACAGAGCCAUGGCAGCCACCACUGGGGAAGAUAUUGGACCCGUCCUUUGAGUCCAGCACUUGCUUGCUCAGUGUCUGCUGAAACUGCUUUUACUGCUGAGAAAGACGGGUUUCAUCGUCUCUCCGCUGACAGGAACAGAGUUGGAGCUUAUCGAGAAACAGGCUGUUUGUCAGAGCAGGAUUCUGGAAGCAUCCGUGCUGCUAAAAGACAGACCCUUAGUGCAAAAAAUGGUGACGUUCCGCCGCAAGAUGUGAGUGAAUUUGGCAGGCACAGUGCCAGGCUUGGGGGGCUUGACUGCGAUACAGGAUUCAGCCAAGAAACAAACAGAUUUAAUGAACCCCAUUCUAGAAGCUCUUACCAGCAGGACAAAAGCUGCUCACCUGGCCACGGCCGCUUGUAUGAAAGCUUAGAAGGUUCAGGUCCAGCCGUACAAACUGAUUUGCUGAAGGACCAGAUUAAAUUGUUGGAAGAAGAAGAGAAAAGUCCUUCUGAUGAAGUAGCUCUCAUUCAGAAGGAGGUUAUGACAGAACAAAUCGGUACGUCUCACCACUCGCCUGUGGAUGAGAUUCUAUCCACCACAUCUCUAUCCCCUUCAUCACCAACUAAGAAAGUCCUGUCCUGUGUCCACAUCACCCUGUCCCCAAAGUGUAACGACUCAGAGCUGCGUAGCGACUUGAAUACUGCAAAUGAGUCGAGGUUGUGGGAUAAACCUGUAGUUAAUGCUCCACCAGUGCCUUUAAAAACUCCAGAAGCUGUUUCUAAAUUAUCAGCUGCUGAUUUCAUUCCAGAAGAUCAAAGAUCUUCCCCUUUCCGGACACCAGGAUCUUCGGGAGACCCCUGCCUGGUGCUUCCCCUUGUUACAAGCUCAGAGCUGCCCCCGCAAAGCAGGGAGAGGCCACAAGUUCUGGGUUCAGGGGAAUGUAAUGUGAAGAAUAUCUUCAACUCUCUGCCUGCACAAACUGGGAAAAGUACUUCGGAUGCUGCCACGCAGAUAACAACAGAAAGUCCUGAAAAAACGACCUUUUCGGCAGAAAUUUAUGUUAAUUCGCAAGACAGUGAAAAUGCUGCCCGCCAAUCGUCCCUCCAGAAAGCACAUGAACUUCCCACUGCUACAACUUCAUCUCUUAACGAGGUUUCCUCUUUCCCAAGGCAGGGUGACCAGCCCUUGCUGCUGCCGUAUAAACCCGCUGGGAGCACUGGGAUGUAUUAUGUUCCUUAUCGAAAGGCAGGAUCCAAAAUUCCUCCACUUGGGUCAGAAACCAGCGCUGAGAGCUCUCACUCAGGGUCAAAUGAUGCUCCUCUUCCAAGGUUUCCGGCAAACCUGCUCCAUUUAAGGGACAAAAAUCCUGCCGACAUUGCAGCCAUUGACCAUAAAGAAGGAAUUUAUAGCAAAAGGGUCAAGCCCAAGCUGGCCUGGGCUGAGGAGCAGGUGGUACCACUGGGAGCUUCCUCAGAACACACAGAUCACCCGAAGGCCAUCAGAACAACUCAUUCGCUCUUCAAAUCUGCCCGGUUCUACCUUCAUCAUCCAGUGCCCACGUGUGAGAGCUUCUUCUUGUCCAACAGCGAGUUGUCAGAAGACAGUUCUGGUGUCGGACACCCCACACCUUCCUCAAGAGCUGUGCUGCACAGUCGGAAAAAAGCACAUCGUCAUCAACGGCUUCUCUCUGUUCGUCGUACAAAGGAGAGUGAAAAUGAAUUCUUUCCACUCACCGCAGAAGCAGAUGACAGCAAGAACGAGGAGCUACAUGUUACCGCAUCUUUGGAGAACGAUACGUCAGGGAAGGAGCAACUUCAGCCUGGCAGAAGAGAAGCAGAACGAAAGACAGGUAGAAAUUAUCCUUUGCUGUGUAGCCAAACGACUCAUGUCGGUGAGACUCUGGAGAAAGAUCUACCACCGAGACACCGAACCCGCUCCAGUGGCAGCUUAGAUGAGCUCUGGAUUAAAUUUUUGGAGUGCCAGAAGAGACACCAGUGCCAUGAUUUUAGGAGGAGCGGUGAGCUCUCCCUUGUUGAACGCCUCGAUCGGCUGGCCAGGGUCCUUCAGAACCCCAUCAAGCAUACACUAAUACCAGCAAAUUCUGAAAAGGAUGUUUUUGAUGGAGGAGAGCAGAAGAAGAUAAGACUGCCAGAAAAGAACGUGUCUGAAAGUACCUUAGAGCCUGAUGUUGAAGAAGGACCACGCAUCACCCGUGAUAAAAAUAGUUUUGUUGAGCUCAGGAAAAAUAGGUCAAGCAAGAAAAUUAUCUGUCACAUGAAUAAAAUUCUGGAGCGCCAGCAAUACUUGGAAACUCCCAGUGACACUUGUUCGGAGCCGCGGCUCAGCGGAGAUCACGGCACCACCAUCAGUUCCACCACCUCCGAAUGGGACGUGGCGACCCAAACGGAGGUGGAAACCAGCACCCAGAGCGAGGGGAGCAGUUCCAGUUCCACCAUCGACACGGCCAGGCUGAUCAGGGCUUUUGGGCACGAAAGGGUGCAGGUGUCACCGAGGCUCUCCCGGCUUUAUUGUACCAUCGACCACCAGAAAAACCGCUCGGAAAAGCGGGACAAGGGAAGCGACAAAGCGGUGGGUGUAGAAUAUUCCAAAAUGACUUCUGAGAGACACAGGAAAAGGAAAGAGAUCCAGAACAUGAUCUCCCUUUCGUCUGAUUCGACUUCUGCAGGUUCUUGGGGGCCAAGCUCUGCUCUUAGUACCAAGCGCCGCACACGGAUGUUAAACAAAGGGAUCCAAGCAGGAGACUUGGAAAUAGUGAACAGCGCAACCAAGAAAAACACUCGCGAUGUUGGUGUGACUUUUCCUACCCCGAGAUGCACCCAGGCGAAUCGACGGCCGCAGGAACCCUGGCAUCGUGUCCAGGGUAUUUUUGGAGAGUCAGCUGGUCUGGUCGCAGAUCAUCGGGCAGCAGGAAACAAGGGGAUUUCAUGGUUUGUCCAAGCAGAAGACCCGAAAUCUGAAUCUAGGAAAGAAAACCAUUCCAACUCCUUUCCUGGUCCUGGUCCUGCUUGGUUUGAACCUCUGACCAGCACAAAGCCUUGGCGAGAACCUCUCCGGGAGAAGAACUGGCAGGAGCAGCAGCGCAGCAAUGGGAUCCAGCCAGCGGGCCCAGAAAGAGCUGCCGAGAACAGGCCCUCGCGGCCGCUCGUGAAGCUCACGCUGCAGGAGGCCCUUGCAGUGCAUCGUCCUGAUUUCAUCUCCCGCUCUGGAGAGCGGGUGAAGCACCUGAAGCUGGUGAUGGAGGAAAGGAGGAUGCAGAGCGUCCUGCAGGCCGAGCGACAAGAGCUUUUUAAUCCCCCAGAGAAAAGAAAGGGCUACAGGAACGCAAGUCACGUGCUAUCUGACAGAGGCUUUUUGAUGAGAGAAAAGAGAAGAACAGUUCCAAAGAGUGAAAUGUUUCAAAGAUCUAAACGGAUCUAUGAGCAGCUGCCAGAGGUGCAGAAGAAGCGAGAGGAAGAGAAGAGGAAAAUGGAAUACGACUCAUACCGCCUGAAAGCACAGCUUUACAAAACGAAAAUCACCAACCGUGUCUUAGGGAGGAAGGUUCCCUGGAACUGAUAACGAUCUGUUGCAGCACAACGGAAAUUGUGAUGUGAAAAAGCUAAUGCAGUAAAUACUUGUGCAGUGGAUGUUUUGUGGUAUUCACUCGUGUCAUUUUUGUACUAAUAUAAUCGUGCUGUAUUUAAGAAUCAAUGAUUUGAUAUAAAUGACAGAUUUUUUUUAAAUAAAUGGCUGGUUUUUGUAGCGGUGUUAUGCACUUCCAAACUAAACAUAGUUUGGAAGCACUUGGUUCAUAAUAUAUUUAUAACUACCUGAUGGAAAUAGCAGUUUAAUAUAUAUUUUUUAAUUGCUUUGAACAAUGAUUUUGAAUUUUUUAUCUUGAUGUAGAAAAAAUACUUGUAAUGUUUUGUACUGCAAAAACCCCUUAAAUAAAUAACAUCGAAUCAGUUUGUAGUAA